AUGACAGCGAUAGCGUUUGCUGCAGCAGCAGCAGCAGCAUGCAGCAGCAGCAUGCAGCAGCAGCAGCAAAAGGGGCAGCAGCACCAGCACGAACAGCAGCAGCAAUUGAGGGGCAGCAGCAGUAGCAACAUCAGCACCGCCAGCAGCGACAGCAACCUUGACAGCAACAGCAGCAUUGGCAGCAACAGCAGCAUUGACAGCAGCAGCAGCAGCAUUGACAGCAGCAGCAGCAGCAGCAGCAGCAGCGAGGUGUACGUACAGACAAACGCCUCUGUUGAUGCUAGACAGCCGCACUUCUGA